AUGAAGGAAUUAAUACUUGGGUAUUUUAAUCACUCGCCUGAAUCGGAACUUGAAGAGCUUGGACCAGCCCGACCCAUCCACCCAGGACGGACUGCAUUAUCACCUACUAACACCAUAAGAGUUAUUCAUGAGUCUUUAAAAUUUAUCGAAAUUUGGGGGCCCAAGGCGGUUGCCUUGCUUGCCUUUGGCCAGGGCCGGCUCUGCAAAGAGGAUGUUGACUUGAAGAAAGUGACAAAUGAGGAUGAGGAUGAGGAGGCAUUGAAUUUGAAACUCCACAACGAAAUUAGUAUGCAAAUGGCCAUGAUCUUCUUCUUCCUCAUCUUUCUUUUUCUCUUGUUAUUGUUCCAACUCCAAGGAGUAGUAUUGGCAGCAGAAGCACCACAAGCACCACGAGCACGACCACUAAAUUCAGAUGAAUGUACGGUGACACAGAGGUGUGGGGAAUAUGGUCCAGACAUCCGGUUCCCAUUCUGGCUAAAGGAUCACCAGCCAAAUCACUGUGGCUAUCCCGGGUUUGAACUGUCCUGCUCCCCAACCAACCUUACCAUGCUUGAGCUCGUGACUGUAACUGUAUUUGUCCAGCAAAUCAAUUACAUAGACCAGUCUUUAUAUAUAAGUGACCCCAGCAGUUGCUUUCCGGAACAGCUUCUCCUAAAUCUAAACCACAGUUUAUCGGCCUCUCCCUUCAAAUUCUCACCACGUUAUUACCCAGGUAAUUUUAGCUUUUUCAGUUGUCCUUCCGCAACAAUGCAAACCUACCCUUUCGAAUGGUACGAUAUAAAAUAUGCAUAUUAUAGACAUUCACCAUUUCCAAUCACAAAUAAUUGCCAUAACGGCAGCCAAGGUCAUGUGGUCUAUGUGGUACCUGAUGAUUUUUUAAUCCAGCAGUUCCUAUUAUCUUGCAGAAAGUUAUAUACAGCAACAUCAAUAGAUUCCCCUCUAUAUGGUUCUCCUGAUUUAGAUACUAAUGAACUUCGAUUGAGUUGGUCCAAGCCCAUAUGUGGGAGGUGUGAAGAAAUAGGCAAGUAUUGUAGACUGAGGAGGAGGAAUAAGAGCAACAACAGCAGCAGGAAACAUGAUGAAAUUGAAUGCUUUGACAAUAACAUACAUAACCCACCACCAAUUACUACUGGUGAAACAAAAAUCCUAGUGCUUAAAGGUGUGAUACCACCCGGCUUGAUUCUUCUUCUUGUAGUCAUGGUCACAAUAUAUUUUGUCCACAGAUCAAAUAAAUUAAAGAAAGAGGAUCAAGUAAAAAUUGAAAGAUUUUUGGAGGAUUACAUAACUCUCAAACCUACUAGAUACACUUAUGCCGAGAUUAAGAAAAUUACUAACAAUUUUAAGGAAAAACUAGGCCAAGGAGGUUUUCAAUCCCAAGAUCUCUGA